AUGUCCGACGUAACACCCAUCUUGUACCCGCCCUCUCUCAACCCCUUCCAUGACGACCCCCACCUCUUCUUCGUCGCAGCGUCCUACUGUUGGCACGAAGAGCUGCCCCAUCUUGACAGCCUUCGCCGCGCCCAUCUCCCCCAGUCGCCCGCGAAGCGCAGCUUCUUCGCCACUCUAGCGCCAAAAUUAAGCGGCCCGGACGCUGAGUCCCCUGUCGUGAACGGCCAGGCCAAUCCCCCCCUUGCUCGCAACCCCUACACUCCCGGGAGGCAACUUACCAACGCCGAGCUCCCUCGCCAAGCUAUGAAGUUUGCCACUCCCGAGGAGGAGAUCGCCUACUUCACCCAAUUUGUUCACGACUGGCAGGCGCCAUCAUACCCGUCCGUAGAGGGCCAGCGGUCAAUGCGCAUCGCAUCCAAUCCUCUGCUCAACGGCGGCCUCAAACCCCCGAAAGUGAUGGGCAACCAACCUCACGCCAUCGUACCCACAACGCCUCAGGCCGCUGCCAGCUGUACCCAAACACCCGCCCACAAUUCUGUUCCUUCGCUUGCCACAGGGCUGGCCUCUUCUCCCAUGCCAUCCCGGCCCAUCGGGCGCCUGGCACUCUCGUCCGCGUUCGCGGUGCCGCAGCAAAACCCGCCAACGGGUCAGCCCACUCACACUCCUGCCUUAAACAUCCGACCUAAGCCGCAGCUCCCCAACAUCAAGCUCGCCGUCAUAGCGCUCCAGCUCCUCGACGAGGGCAAGCGACACCCAGCCAUGGACCACAGUGGCCUCAACAGUAUGCUGGAGCACCUCGCGCAGGUGCUGGACACGUCGCGCGCCCUGCCCCGCCUAUUCGCUCAUCAGUUUCACAUGAGCAAGGCAGUGGAGCCGGCGCUGCGUGUCCGCCCGGCACUGUUGAUCCCAACAUACCUCAAGUACCGCGAGGAGACCAUCAAGGCGUUUCGAGCAGCGACUAAUCAGGACCCUCACCCGAUUACGGUCCCAUUGCCAUAUACCUGGCCGAUUCACCAGCAACGCCGCUCGGACCUCCUGUACCGUCUGGGGUCAGUUGCCGCUGCCCGAGCGCUUAUCGAGGGUGUGUGCGCUUCGUCUCUCGUUUAA